AUGAAGACCUCAUUCAUAGUUUCCUCUCUCGCUGCUGCCUUGGGCGCUUCCGCCCAAUUGGUGACAUUCUCAGUCGUGGACGAAAGAAACAACAACCUCGGAACUCUCAACAACAUCCACGCCGGCGCUGGUUUCAACUUCUACUAUGUUGGCGUUUUCGACCAAGUUCUACAAUACAACAUUGCCGACAGUGGCGAUGCAACUCUCACCAAUCCCGCAUCCGAUUACCCAUUCAAUGUUGGAAACUUCGAGGGCCGUUUUGCGGUUGGGCCUGCCGUUACUCCUGCAAAGCUCGAAAUUGCCGAGAACGCAUUGGGAGUUACGUCGAUCCAGAACUGGAACUUCUGGGCAUGUUACGACACCCACGACACGUACAACUACUCUGCAAGCAACAGAAACAUUUUGUUGACUGAGAAGGACAACAUGACACCUCCCGGUUCCAACUGUCUUCCAGUGAACAUCAAUGUGCUGAAUGUCUAG